AUGCAUUUAAUAAAAUAAUAGAAAAAAGAAAAUUAAAAAAACAUAAUUUUUGCAUCUAAAUCAAUUGCUGGUUUUAAUUAAAUGUAAAAAAAUAAAAUAAAUUAAGAUGAAGUUAUAACUUUACCUUAAAAUCUUAAAAAUUAAUAUAUUUUUAAUUUUGGGAUUUGUGAUGGACAUGGGGAAAAUGGUCAUUUAGUUUCUUAAUUUAUUAAAUAGAAUUUACAUAGUAUUUUAGAAGUUUAAUUAAAUUAAAACUAAAAUUUAAAAGUUUGCAUUUAGAAAGCUUUUUCUAAUUUGAAUAAAUUAAUUAAUGAGUAAAGAUAAUUCGAUGUUAAUUUAAGUGGAUCUACAUUAUGUAACAUAUACAUUACAGAAAAAAAAAUAUUUUGUGCAAAUGUUGGAGAUUCUAGAGCUAUUUUUGCAAAAAAGCUUAGAAAUAAUUAAUACAUAAUUUAAAAGUUAUCAAAUGAUCAUAGUCCUUAUAUAUAAUAAGAAUAUCAAAGAAUAAUUAAAGCAGGAGGAAUAAAAAAAAGCAAAAAAUAAAAAAAAGUUAAUGGUAGUAAACAAGGGCCUUUAAGGGUUUGGCUUAAAAAUAAAUAAGCCCCAGGUUUGGCUAUGACAAGAAGUUUUGGGGAUAAAAUAGGUGUUUAGGCAGGAAUUGUUUGCGAUCCAGAAAUUAUUGAAUUUGACUAUUAAUAAAUAUAAUAAAAUGGAUUUAUUAUCGUUGCUUCUGAUGGAAUUUGGUCUAUUAUUGAUAACGAAGAAGCUGUUAAUUUAGUUAAGCCUUUUUACGAAUAAAAAAAUGUGGAAGAAGCUGUUAAAUAUUUAAUAAAUAGGGCUCUAUUUAAGUGGAAGAAAGUAUAUAUUUAUUUUUUAUUUUUUUUCUAAAGUUUAUAUUAUAUUUUAUUUAAUAAUUUUUUAAGUGUUAAGCCAAUCAAAGGGAUGAUAUUAGCGCAAUCGUUAUAUUUUUAUGAAUUUUUUUGUUUUAUUAUUUUAAAAUUAUUAAACUGA